AAUGUGAAGUGACACUGGGAUUUGAUUUGACGUUUCAUACUUCAAACCUCACUUAACUUUUAUUUUGGUUGAUUUCGUUAUAUUCCACAUAAAUUUAAUUAGAAAAACAAAAAUUAUGUUGAUCUAUAAAAUAGGAUUCAUUUUAUUACUGGGUUCUAUGGUGCAGUCAAUGGAACUUAAAGCACUGAAAACAAUUGUGAGUUUCCUGAAUGGUGACUUCUUGGAUUCAAAGAGCAAGGAAGACGAUGAAACCACAACAUCAACAGACAGUGGACCACUAAAAGGUGUUUCCUAUUAUAACUUCAUAGAUUACAUUAGUUUGCGAUUUGAAAAUUAUGACUGUGGCUUGUAUGAUUAUGAGAUUGCUCAUUUUAAAACUGGACGUCCGGAAGCCAAGGCACCAAUUGUGGUGAAAUGUAUGCCAAAUGAGAGCGUCAAUUCAACGCUUCUUAUGCCUGACACUGUUAUGGAUAUAGUGGCAUUGCUGAAACCAAUUGGAAACUCGACAAAACGCAACGUCGAAGGUAGCUGUGUCCUUAUAAUGUUCUAUUCGAAAUCAUGUCCAGGAUGCGCCAGAGUGGCUCCGAUUUUCAAUCCAUUGCCUAAGCUGUUUCCCAAUCUCAAAAUUGCAGCAAUUGACGCCUACAAAUUCCAUAGUUUCAAUGCCGAGUUCGGUAUUGUUGGUUUGCCAACAAUACUGCUCUUCCACCAAGGACGUCCUAUUGUGAAAUUCUAUGGCGAUGAUUGGGAUUUUCGAAAGUUUGUUACCCGCCACACUGGACUGGCUGUGCCUACGUACGCAACGAUAACUUCAGAUGAUUUUAGAGGACCAUUGCCAAUUGUGGCUGAAGAAAGCCCAGACUACUAUCUCUUGCUUGCUUGGGCUUUUAUUAUCUUCUGUGCUGCGAAUUAUUUCUCAAAGUCAGUUAUGUGCAAGCAAAUGAUUGAGAUGAUUCAAAGAACUUGGAGAGAAUCAGAAGCUCAGUUGGAGCACAAUUAAAUUUAAUUCGCAAAUGGUCAUUUUUAUCUUUUUAUUUAAAUUAUUUAUAAGUUUUUGAGAGUUUUAAAUAAAUGUGGUUGGCUCUUAACACAA